AUACUUGCGGGUGGUGGCCAUCCACUCUUCCUCAAAAAAAAAAAAAAAAAAAGCCAAAAAACAACCCGACGUUUCCUAUUUCCUCCCAAUUACAAACCAAUCUCUCGGACUCUUUCUGAAACCCUAAUUUUUUCCCCUCUCACAAAAUCCCAACUUUAUUCAAGGGUUUAUAUUUUGUUAAAUUUCGAUUCACACACACAGAGACAUAUAUAUUAAACAAAGGUUUCACCUUUAGGCUCGGUUUUGGGUUUGAAAUUCUUUGAAUCCAAAUCUGAACCAGGGAUUUGGGAAAUUUCUACGGUUUUGAAUCGAUCUGAGGCCGUGCAUGGCGAAGGGUACGGAUUCGGAGGAGUUUGUGGUGAUGUCUAAUGUCCGGACGGGCCUGAAACGCGAGUUCGUGUUUGCGUUGAAGGCGCAGGCCGAAGUGUCUGGCUCUUUAGGGCGGACUCGUAGGGCCCAGAACGAUGGCUGUAAGAGGUUGAAGACGGAGGAGCGCAACGGGGGUGAUGGUGAUGAGAAAUUGGGGGGUGGGGAGAUGGGGGAGGGGGAGAUUGUGAAGGUUAAGGAGGAUUUGGAGGAGGCUAUGAGCGAAGAGGAUGCAAAAAGCGAUGUGGUGGACCUCACGAGCGAAGACGAGCCGAAAUCCCAUGUGGGUGAGCUUGUGCUGAGCGAGAGGGUUGGGGAAGACGAGUUGAAGCACUGUGUGUUGGAGAUGGCAGUAGAUGAGGAGCCCCAGACCGGUUGCAUUGGAGAUAAUGAACCCAAAAAGCCUUUGGUGGACGAAGAAGUCCCUGUUUUGAUUGAGAACGCCAGCGUUAAGGUGGAAGAUGAGGUGAUUGGGAAGCCUCUGAGGAGGUUCACUCGGUCAGCAUUGAAACUUGAGGCAGAAAAAAUGCAGAAUUUACCCGCAGAAGGUUAUACCCAAGAGAUAGAUUCGGAGAUUCAGAAAAGCCCUUUUGUUACUCCAAUGAAACUUGAUAUGAAAAUGCCGAAGAUGGGGAGGAAGCUCAGUAAACUGAAAGAACUUCUUGAUACCGGUAUUCUCGAGGGGCAGCCAGUCAAAUACCUUAGACGAUCAAAGAUAAGAGAAUCUGGAGAAACUGGGCUUAGGGGAGUGAUUAUGGGCUCUUCUAUAUUGUGUCACUGUGAUUCUUGCAAAGGAACUGAAGUUAUUACACCUCCUGUGUUUGAGCUGCAUGCGGGUAGUUCAAACAAACGUCCGCCGGAGUAUAUAUAUCUUGAGAAUGGGAAGACCCUUCGGGAUGUCAUGACUGUAUGCGAAAAUUCUCCAUUGGAAACUUUGGAAGAAGCUGUCCGACUUGUCAUUGGUUGCUCAUCUAUAAGCAAAUGUACGAUCUGUCUCAAUUGCAAAGAAUCUAUUGACAAAGACGGUACAAGGUCAGCAGUGAUACUUUGUAGCUCAUGCAUGGAGUUAAAAGAGUCUGGAGCUAGGCUUGCUGUAGCUGCUAACCAGAGUGACGAAUCACGAAAGCUGGUUACAGUACCAAAUAGUCCUGAUACCUUGUCAAAGUGUAGCUCACCAUAUCAAGUUACAGUACCAAAGCAUCCUCAUACUGUGCCAAUGUGUAGCUCAUCAAAGCCAGUUAAAGUUCAAAAGCAUCCUCAUAACGUGCCAGAGCGUCAGUCGUCAGAAAGUACGAGUCAGGGAAGAGUAACCAAAAAGGAUCUUCGGUUGCACAAGUUAGUUUUUGAGGAAGAUGUCUUGCCGGAUGGCACAGAAGUAGGCUAUUUUUCUAAGGGAAAGAAAUUGUUGGUUGGUUAUAAAAAGGGUCCUGGCAUUGUUUGUGGUUGCUGCAAUAAUGAGGUCAGCGCAUCGACAUUUGAAGCGCAUGCUGGUUUUAAGUCACGUCGCAAGCCUUACCUGAACAUUUACACAUCUAAUGGGGUAUCUCUCCAUGAAUUGGCAUUAUCUCUAUCUAGUCGUCGGAAGUGGUCUGCCAAGCAUAAUGAUGACCUAUGCUCAAUCUGCAAAGCUAGAGGAGAUCUCUUGUGCUGUGAGAAUUGUCCAAGGGCUUUUCACAAAGAGUGCCUUUCUCUACCAAUUGUCCCUGGCGAUACUUGGUACUGUAAGAAUUGCCAGACUAUGUUUGAGAGAGAGAAAUAUGUGGAGCAUAAUGCCAAUGCUGUUGCAGCUGGAAGGGUUGCAGGGGUCGAUUCCAUAGAACAAAUAACCAACCGAUGCAUUCGUAUUGUCACAACUUUCGAGGAGAAGCUUGGUGGAUGUGCACUGUGCAGUAGCCAUGAGUUCAGCGGCUCUGAUUUUGGUCCCGGCACAGUUAUUUUGUGUGAUCAGUGUGAAAAGGAGUAUCAUGUAGGUUGUUUGAAGGAUAAAGGAAUUGAAGAUUUGAAGGAAUUACCACAAGACAAGUGGUUCUGUUGCUCAGAUUGCCUCAGGAUUCAUUCAGCUUUGCAGAAGUUGGUAGUUCAUGGGGAACAGAAGCUUCCAGACUCCCUCCUGAAUGUUGUAAGGAAGAAGCAUAAUGAGGAAGGUCCUGAGAGUGGAGCUAAUCUUGAUAUAAAAUGGAGGGUGCUUAGUGGGAAAAUGUCUACUGAUGAUGAAAGUGUUCAGUUGCUUUCCAAGGCUCUUGAAAUCUUCCAUGAUCGUUUUUCCCCAAUAAUUGAUUCUACUUCACGCCAGGACUUCAUCAAAGAAAUGCUUUACGGGAGGACCAUCCAUACCCAAGAUUUUGGUGGGAUGUACUGUGCAAUUAUUACAGUAAACCAAUUAGUCGUGUCAGCUGGAAUGUUUCGUAUCUAUGGAGCCGAAGUGGCAGAGCUUCCUUUAGUGGCUACAUGUGCUGAUUUUGAAGGACAGGGUUACUUCCAGACGUUGUUUUCAUGUAUUGAGAGGCUUCUUGCAUUUCUAAAUGUGAAAAGCCUUGUGCUGCCAGCCGCUAGUGAGGCAGAAUCAAUUUGGAAAAAGAGAUUCGGUUUUGAGAAGUUAACCGAAAAUGAGAUACACGAUUACAGGAAAAGAUACCAAAUGAUGAUCUUCCAAGGGACUAACAUGCUGCAGAAGCCCGUCCCCAAGUGCCGAAUUCUUAGGUCCCAUUGAAGUAGCUGAAUGACGGAUCAUCUAGAUCUUAUGUUUCUACCGAAAUGUAAAUGACUCCCCUGUCUCUUGGUGUACAGAAAGAGCAGAAAUAUACCUCAACCUUACAGGCAGUUUGUCUUUUGGUUAGCACAUAGAAUUUUUGAGAUAUUUCAGUUUCGGAGACCGAAUGUCGUCUUAGGUUUAUGAAGCUUCUUACAGAAAAUUUUGUUACUGUUAUUUCUGCGUCUGGGCCAUUUUUGUAGCUUAUGCUUUUUGUUCGGUCCCUUCGGCCUUUUUGUCGUUCGAAACUUGAAUUAUGAUCCUUCCUGCAUCUGAACUAGUAAAUAAGAAGAUUAAUAUAGGGAUCAUGUUAUUUUGCUCA